UAUAUAAGGAAGACUCGUUCGUAAUGACAGCUACUACUUCUAAUCUAUCGUAUGUAUACAAUUGACGCGGUGCGGCGCUGUAAUAUAUAUUCGAGUUUAUUUACCGUUUCGAUCGAAAUUUCGAACGCGAUAGAAAUCUAAAAAGUUGAACAAAUGAAGUGAUUAAUUGUUAAUAAUAUUGUCGUAACAGUUGAAUUAUUCUUAAUCAUGUGAAAUCAUUUAAAAUUAAUAAGUUUUAUCGAGUGAAAACGAAGGAAGUUAAUACGAUAUAUCGUCAAUGAUAAACGUUAGAUAAACAAAAAAAGGGAUUCUAAUUUAUCACUUAUAAUUUGUUUUAAAAAUUAUAUUAAUUCGUAAUUUUAUUUUUUCAAUAUACGAAUAAACUCGAUCGGUUUUAAUUUCAUAGUGUCGCGAUCGCAUUCUAAUCGAUAAUGUUGGAAACGAUACAAGAAUGGUAACAUCGAUAUCAUGGAACUCUCAACAGCAAAGCAGGUUGAAUUUGUACGUCAUUUUCGCGAAUAAACUCGUUCGUACAUUUCGCAAAAAUUUUUCGCAAUCUUCCUGUUUUUAUGGCAAAGGAGUAUCGUUUUUUAAUCGAAUUAACUACCAGCUUCGUUGAACGUAAAAUAAUAACCGGAUAUCCCGGUUAGCGAUCGUUUAUACCAUAACGAAUAAUGGCGUUAUGCUUUUCGAGAAAUUACGCGGUCAUUAAGGUCGAUAAGUUCUUCGAGUGGGAUGCUUCGAAAACCGGUAGUGCAAGUAAAGACAGCCGAGUAUCGGUGUGCAAAGAUUGUGAUUCGAAAAACGAAAAUCUCGACUCGAUUGAACGAACAUCUUCUCGCUCGUUUUCUUAAUUUUUUUUUUUUUUUUUGUGUGUGUGUAAAAUGGAUCAUUCGAUGAUAUUCCUGUUGAAGUUUCUGCUCUGGGCUCAUUUGUUCCUCGCGGUCGUCUGUUUACCAACCUUGGGUUACGUCGAUCGACAUCGUCUAGAGACUUACGAAGAUUUUUCCGAGGAAGGCGACUUGGAUUUUUUCAACAAUCUGACCUUUCGAUUCUCUUGCGAGGGAAAACCGAUCGGCCUGUACGCGGAUCUCGAAUACGAUUGCCGAAUUUUCCACGCAUGCGAUGAUUCGGGAAAAGGUUUCCCGGUCGUUUGUCCGAACGAUACGUUUUUCGAUCAACGGGAACGUGUGUGCAGCGACGAAGGACACGUCGACUGCGAGCACGCGAACGAAUGGUAUUAUUUAAACGAGUUGCCAUUCUCGGUGGAAGUGAUGGAGGAGAGUCGCGCUCGAGCAGAGGAAAAAGAAGAAAUACCUUCGGUGUUGCCUCUUUUGUUACAGUGACGAAAUCAAAGAUUAAAACUUGUGUUUUCUUUCACGCGAAAGUGUGAAAUAAGAAACGUAACAAUGGACUCGUUCGUAUACCGUAUAAUUGAUCUUCAAAAGAUUCGACGAAUCAUCAUCGUGAUUCUGUCGUAUCCAAAUACGGCAUUAAUUAAGUAUCUUUUAAAAAUAGAGAAGCGAAAUGAGAAAAUCGACAGCGUUUUAUUAUCGUUUAAAAAAUCAGUGUUGAAUCGAUACGUUGUUGAAAUUAAUCGCGAUUUCUGAUCGCGAUAAAAUGCAGAAUCCAAUAACAUUCUUCUCUCCCGUUUUAUCUUUUUAACGACAAAAGAAGAAAGGAGGAGCAUCCGAGAAUAAUUACAUUGCGCGCACGUCGUAAUCCAACGAUUCUUAUCUUAAGAAAAAACUAACAGAGAACAAUCGGUAAAAAGGCGAGAGACAAUGGGAACGGGCGGAGAGGUGGUGGCCGAGCAAAGGAAAUCGGUGGAUUCUGAAGCGUUUUAUUCUUCGUAAACGUAGAAACAGAGAGAGAGAGAGAGCAAAACAUCGCUUACAGCUUUACAAACUAAAAGAUUUUUAUUCGUUACAACAUUAUAUAUUCCUGCGUUGUCUUUGAUCAUCGUCGAGCGCACCGAUUAUACCGAGAUCGAUAAGAGAGA